AUGGCUGCGGAACUAGAAGAAUUUAAAGAAAUUCUAAAACGAGAGGCGGAAUGUCUAAUAAAAAAUGUAAUACCAGAAAAAAUUGUAGCUUUGAACCGUUUGAUUGAUAAUUCUAUUCGUAAUCAAGAUUUGGCAAAUGUUCACCAGGAUGUGAAUAUUCCGAUACCCAGUACACCAUCGUUGGAGAAGGCAAAAUCUUUCAAUCGAGGAGGAUCACGGAGGAAUAAGGCUAGUUCAUCUAGAGCCGCUGUACAAAGGGCGCGUGAGAAUCCAUCAGCGCGACUAGAUCUCGCUUUGAGAGAAGCAAUCCCUUGCAACAAAUGCCUGACUGAUUUGAUUUUCCUAGUAAAACCUCACGUGAAGCAACUUUUGGAAGAUACCAACGUUCUAAAAAUGUGGGUAAAUUUUAUGAUUCCAAAAUUCGAAGACGGGAACAACUUCGGCGUCGCUAUACAGGAAGUGGUACUCAACAAAAUAGAUUUGGUUGAGAAGUUUGCUUAUCUACUAUUCAACUACACGUCUUUAUGUUUUAUGUCAAGAGCAGAAAUCGUAUCUAAGGUAGCGACGUUCCCUCAUAUUAACGACUACAGGAGAGCAGUAAAGGAGUGUGACGAGAAUAACUACAGAUACCUCUGUAAGAUGCUGUGUCAGAUACGUGACUUCUACUGCGCUUUGCAUGAUAUCGUGUCGAAGAAUAUGGACAGGAUCAAAAAUCCGCGAGUAUGUGAAAUCAAUUCAAUGUGCAUUUGA